GGACUCCUCUUUCCGGUUUCUCUUGAUGUGCGCAGAUUGCUAGUACAGGAGCCACAAUGGCGUUUGUAGUCUUCUUCAGAUAGGGCUGUGGAUGAUAUUAAAUCCACUAGCAUCGCCCUAAAUAUAGGCCUGGUUGAUUUCCAGAGCCAUUGAUAAUAAACUGGAACAUCUACUGCACACGAAAAUACUAUGAUUUCUUAUCAAUAUUGAGUUUCUAGGGGAUAAAACUUACAUUAAAGGGAACAUGUAAAUAGCACCUACCGGGUCAAGUUUUCAUUUUGUUCGAGAAACGAGCGUCUCUUAUUGAAGGCAAUUGCUUGUUUCUGACAGCUAAGACCGUAAUUCUGUGGAAUAAAAACACCUUUACUUAACUUGGCACCGGACAAGGACAGCUUUCACAAGGGGACUUUUUCCUUUUUCACGAGUCUGCUUGCUAGCUGCCGAGCAUUAGCUAGCUGUGCUAGCUACGCUGAGACGGAGACGACACCACAAUGCUCAAAUGUUUGGCUUGGACCUUUUUCAUUCACUGACUGAUUUAAAGUGUAAACUUUGUAGUACUGGAAAACCACUGUGGCUUUUUUCCUGCUUCGAAGAACCAAACCGGUGAUCUAAUGGAAUGAAUUGGCGCUAAGGAGGACUGGACGUGAGCGGCCUUGAGUGUUUAUUUUGUGUGUUUUGGACCAGUUCCUGCUUUGCAACACUUGUUUUGACAUUUGGAGUAAAUGGUGUUUUUCGGUUCAUGAAUUUCCUGGAUCACCGAGGCUCAGUUGCAGUGGAGGCACCGACGCCGGUGUAAGGUAUGCCUGGUUCGGAACGACACCAUGGGACCAAGAGGAAGCCAGAUUCUAACAGCGGUGUGGCACGCCAGACCCAAGGCCCCAUUCAUACCUCUGCGGGAGACAUGACGAGCAAAGACGUUAAGGUGCAGUUAAAAUCUCCAAUGUCAUCAUCUUCAAAACGCAAGCGACUUAAAUCAGCUAAACAUAACCGUGAAUUUUCGGCUGCACAGGGACCCGAAGAUUUUACCCUUGGAGAUACGGCGCCUCCUGGUGUUAACACGGUGAAGCCUCUGGUGGAGUACGAUGAUAUUAGCUCGGACUCGGACACUUUCUCGGACCCGCCGUCAUCCAGGCCUUCUGAGAGGGGGGGCGGGGACCGAUUGGAGCCCUCGCCAGACUACGACAAGGAUGAUAUUGACAGAGAAGCUGAUAGUAGAGAAAACAGGGGGCACAGACACUCCCGUAAAAAGUCAAAGGACCCUAAUAAAGUUAGAGACUCUGGGAAUGGCGAGCUUGGGUAUAAGAAAAAGAGCAGCAAAGACCGUGAGAAAGGGAGCAUUGUGAAGAGCAAGGAGAAGACCUCUUCAUCAAGCUCCUCGUCCAAACGUCGGUUCCAGCAAGAGGGCGACACCAAACGUGGGGAGUUGAUGCUCUCUUCCCAGGUACAGCCUACAGCCAGUGUAGGCAGCACUACUUCAUCCACAUCUUCAUCUCGCAGUAAGGAGAGCAGUCGCUCAGGGAAGUCACGUAAAGACAGACAACAGCGCAGAGAAGGCCGUGGAGAGGGAAGCCGCAGUUCCUCUCAGAGGAGCCGGACAGAUAGGGCCCACCACAAAUCUUCCAAGAGCAACAAGUCAAGCCCUAAGGGCAAGUCUUCAAGUCGGGGAAGCCCACGUAGAAAAGGCACCAGCUCUGCUUUAUCUCCCAGUCCCAGAAGAGGAGGUGGCAGUGAGAGUCCAUUGGGGAGUAGCUAUGGACAACAGGGCGAUGACAGCUACUCUAGGCGGAAGAUUGCCCAGCAAAGCCCGAGUCCCUAUAGGGAUAUGUCUCGCCGCAGCAGGCAAAGAUCGGACAGCCCAUAUGCCAGACACAGGUCCUCCAGCUUUGAGAGGGACAGCAGCCCCCAUUUACGGAGGCGCUCCAUCAGCCCCUAUGGGAUCCGUAGGUCCUCGAGCACUAGCCCAGUGUCGCGACGGUCAGCCCGCUCCAGAAGUCGCUCCCCAUUGCACUACUCUUCGUCUCGUCGCUCUUCUUCCCGUUCCCGCAGCAAGAGGCAUACCUCCUCUGGUGGAGGGGGGGCAAGCUCCCAUAGUAGCCGGCCAGCUAGCCGCUCCCCUCCAUCCUCUCGUUUGCCUCUCAACUCAAGCUUGGGAGCAGAGCUUAGUCGCAGAAAAAAGGAACGCCAGGCUGCUGAGGCGGCAGCUCGUGCCAAUGCCACUGGUAGUGGGUCUCCUCUUCCAACAGCUCGCAAAGUUGCAAGCUCUACAUCCUCACGGCCUGUUAAAGCUGAGACUCCACAGCUACAAAGAGACUCAACAGCAGCACUGGAAACUCAGCCCCCACCAACUGCACAGUUUCCCUCUAAUGCUCCCAAUGCUGAAGAUCAAGUUACAGCACCUUUACCUUCCUCCUUUACCACUUCUCCUACACCACCUCCACCUGAGCCCUCUCCUCCUGUGCCACCCUGUUCAACCAUCCAGGUGCCACCACCACCUCCUCCUCAGGCAGAAACAACUCUUCAGCCUCCUAUGCAUCCCACAUCCCAGGCCAAAUCACCAGCUUCAGUUCCUAUGCGGAGCCCCGUCCGCCCGACACCAUUUCACAAGACAUCGACUUUACCCCCCCUGCCUUUACCGCCCGUACUGCUGGGAAACACCCCGGACAGUCCAAAGAAGUCCACCCCCCCUCAGAGGCUAUCAAAAAAGGAAAAAGAACUUCGUAGCCGGCCGUCUCUCAUCGACCUUCCUCUACCGCCCACCCUGCCUGGAGUGGACUCCUCACCUCCACAAUCCCCUGGCCGCCAGCCUCCUCCAAUGCCCCAAACAACCCUUAAGAAGAGACCAAAGAUUUGUUGCCCACGAUAUGGUGAGCGCAAACAUAACCUGAGUGACUGGGGCAAGCGCUGUGUAGAUAAAUUUGAUAUAAUUGGUAUAAUAGGGGAAGGUACCUAUGGCCAGGUAUAUAAGGCAAAGGACAAAGACACUGGUGAACUGGUUGCUUUGAAGAAAGUGCGUUUGGACAAUGAAAAGGAGGGUUUCCCCAUCACAGCCAUCAGAGAGAUCAAAAUCUUACGGCAGUUAAAACACCGCAGCGUUGUCAACAUGAAGGAAAUUGUCACCGACAAGCAGGAUGCACUUGACUUUAAAAAGGAUAAAGGUGCUUUUUACUUGGUGUUUGAGUAUAUGGACCAUGACCUGAUGGGCCUUCUGGAGUCGGGCCUAGUCCAGUUCUCCCAUGAGCAUAUCCGCAGCUUCAUGCGCCAGCUGAUGGAAGGUCUGGACUACUGCCAUAAGAACAACUUCCUGCACAGAGACAUCAAAUGCUCCAACAUACUGCUGAAUAACAGGGGUCAGAUCAAACUGGCUGACUUUGGUUUGGCUCGACUUUACAAUUCAGAGGAAAGUCGACCAUACACUAAUAAAGUAAUCACACUAUGGUACCGCCCCCCUGAGCUUCUGCUGGGUGAAGAGAGGUAUUCCCCAGCCAUUGAUGUUUGGAGUUGUGGGUGUAUUCUUGGAGAGCUCUUCACCAAGAAACCCAUCUUCCAGGCUAACCAGGAACUUCUACAAUUGGAGCUCAUUAGUCGUCUGUGUGGGAGCCCUUGUCCUGCAGUCUGGCCUGAUGUCAUCAAACUUCCCCUGUUCAACACCAUGAAACCCAAAAAGCAGUACAGGCGGCGACUACGGGAGGAGUUUGCCUUCUUGCCCACUCCUGCUCUGGACCUGCUGGAUAGAAUGCUGACCCUCGACCCUGCACGUCGCUGCACGUCAGAGCAAGCUCUCUUCAGUGACUUCCUCUGUGAUGUAGAGCCCAACAAGAUGCCGCCACCAGAUCUUCCUCACCAUCAGGACUGUCAUGAGCUGUGGAGUAAAAAGAGGAGGCGUGCACGUCAGAGUGGAUUACCUGAGGAUGUGACUGUGUCUAAAGUGCCACAUAAAGAUGCGACUGGGACUUCGGGCGGCGAGAACAGUCGUCCUCAAAGUAGUCCAACCGGAGCCCCCCCACCUCCCCCAGGAAAACCACCUUCCACAGCCAACUUAGAGAGUGAGUUGUCAGGCUUGGGAGUGUCUGCAGAGCAACUGAAUCAAACAGAGUUGGCUGUGUUGCUGAACCUCCUCCAGGGACAGACUGACCUCAACCUCCCACAAGUGGCCCAGCUCCUCAACCUUUCCAAUCCAGAGACUCUCAGCCAGUUGUUGUCAGCCCUCAGUGAGGCCUCUGACCACCAGGGGGCUUCAGAGGACCAAGCCCAGCCUGCUGCUGUCUCCCAGCCUCCAGAGCCACCUCCUGAACCCCAGGAGCCCUCACCCCCACCUGGAGAGCCACCUCUCAGCCAGGAAGACCAGGCCAACCUGCUUGCUUUAAUUUUGGGGCAAAUCAUAAAACCACAAACUGAGGAGCAAGGAGAUGAAAGCAAUGGUGUUCAGUCAGAGGAGGCGCUUCCACGCAGUUCGUCCACUUCUACUACUGAUUCCAAGGAUCCUGCAUUGUCAAAUAAGAAACAACUUGUGACCAACCAGGUGCCUCAGUGUGGUGAACAGCGUCCACCCUCUCCACCUGGACCCCCUCCAUCAGCUCCUCUUUUUAGGAACCCCCAGCAGACUGGGUCAGAAACUCAGCCCAACCACGACAUCAGCCCUGCUGUGGCAGCCGCCCUGCUGCAGCUCAUCUCUCAGCAGGGCUCAGAAGCUGCACCCUCUCAGAAAACUGAAGACCCGGAUAUGGAUGCUCCAGUCCAGGGACAGCCACCUCCACCAUGGGUAGCUGACUCUCCACCUAAACCUUCAGCUGCAGCUGAGGCACCAGCAGGACUAGACACUGAUACUCCUACCACUGCAGCACAGUUCCCUAAAGACCGGGACCUUCGUUUUUCCCACUGAGCAGCCAACUGACCCUCAGUCCACUGGUGAGGAAAAGUUUGAUAUCAUGGCACAGCUCCAGUCACUGGCCUGAAGGAACAGGCAGCUGGAGAAAAAACACUUGAAACCCCCCCCAAGUGAC